AUGAGCGCUGCCGGGGCUUGCGAGAAACUGUGGGUGGUGAAGGAACGUGUCGCCAACGUGGUAUAUCCCAGGCGCAGGGCGUUCAGCGUCUCAGAGGCGGUCGAGGGAAGCCAGGCUGCAGUCACAGUCACGGGGUCGCAGUGGCCAUGUGCAUUCGUCGUGACAACCAGAGUUGCAGUCGAGCACCAAAAAGUCCAGACGCUGGGAGCGGCAAAUCGCGCCAAGGACAUCCACCAAUUCUCCGAGCCGCGAACCACUCGCCUCUCACCUCCGCCGCCGCACCCAUCACCACUCCCGAGGUCCCGCCACACAAUCCUUCUCCACCACGCUUUCCUCCAAAUCAUAAUGCGGCCCAUCAUAAUCCCGCCGCCUAAAUUCCAGAAUGUCGCCAUCGCCCUCGAAGUCGCCAGCGCCGCCUACUUCAGCUACGAGCUCUCCCGCAUCUACAGAGGCACACAUCCCGUCCUGUCGCGCAGACUCGCCGAAAACGGCAUAUGGCCCCCGCCACAAUUACCAGCGGUCAAGGGAGGAGCGAAAGUUGAGGGCGAUGACAAGAAGGAGGUGGACGUGCGGUGGAUGAGCAUAAAUGGCGUGCCCGUGCCGGCGAGCUUUGAUGCACUGAACUUCUGGAGGCGGGGAUGA